GGAGGGCCGCCCGGGGGAGGGAACCAGCCCCCGGGCACCACCCUGAAGAGGACGCCACCCCCAGUUGGCACCCCCCUGCUGAACCCCUUCUGGACUCCUCCGUGCUCCCGGGAUUGGGAAAUUACCUCCCCGCCGACCUCAGGACAACAGUGCAGAGAAGAAGGCGGCCACGAUGCCCGACUCACCGGCCGAGGUGAAGACGCAAUCCCGCUCCACCCCACCCAGCAUGCCACCCCCACCUCCAGCCGUCACCCAGGGAGCCUCACGCCACCCUUCCUUCACGCCAAACGCAAAUCGAGAAGAUGGGCCUCCGACGUUUCUGCCUCAUGGCCGUUUUCAUGGCUGCUUGAAAUGGUCUAUGGUCUGUCUUUUGAUGAAUGGGAGCAGUCAUUCCCCGACGGCCAUCAAUGGAGCCCCGUCCACCCCCAACGGGUUCAGCAACGGCCCGGCCACCUCCUCCACGGCGUCGCUGUCCAACCAGCAACUCCCGCCGGCCUGCGGCGCCCGGCAGCUCAGCAAGCUCAAGCGCUUCCUCACUACCCUACAGCAGUUUGGAAAUGACAUCUCACCCGAGAUUGGGGAGCGGGUCCGUAGCUUGGUGCUGGGGCUCGUGAAUUCCACCCUGACCAUUGAGGAGUUCCAUUCCAAGCUUCAGGAAGCCACCAAUUUCCCUCUGCGCCCAUUUGUCAUUCCCUUCCUGAAGGCCAACCUGCCGUUGCUUCAGCGAGAGCUCCUCCACUGUGCCCGCCUGGCCAAGCAGACCCCAGCCCAGUAUCUGGCCCAACACGAGCAGCUCCUGCUAGAUGCCAAUGCCUCUUCUCCGAUCGACUCCUCCGAGCUUCUGCUGGAAGUCAACGAGAAUGGCAAGAGGAAGACACCAGACAGGACCAAAGAGAACGGGUUGGACCGAGACCCGCUGCAUCCUGAACACCUCAGCAAACGGCCCUGCACCAUGAGUCCGGCCCAGAGGUACAGCCCCAGCAACGGGCUGAACCAUCAGCCCAACGGGCUGCCCCACCCCACCCCACCACCCCCCCAGCACUACCGCCUCGAGGACAUGGCCAUGGCGCACCAUUUCCGGGACCCCUACCGCCACCCGGACCCCCGCGAGCUGCGGGAACGCCAUCGACAAGCCGCUGUGCAUGGCUCACGGCAAGAAGAAGUGAUAGACCACAGACUCACAGACCGAGAGUGGGCGGAGGAGUGGAAGCACCUCAACAAUCUCCUGAACUGCAUCAUGGACAUGGUAGAGAAGACUCGGCGCUCCCUCACCGUGCUGCGCCGCUGCCAGGAGGCCGACCGCGAAGAGCUAAAUCACUGGAUCCGGCGCUAUAGUGAUGCCGAGGACAUGAAGAAGGCCCCCAUCUCCGCCCCACCCCGUCCCCACAACAGCUCCUCUAACUCCGACACUCCCCAGCUAGACACUCACCGUGAGUUUGUGCCCCGACCACUGUCCGGUUAUAUGCCAGAAGAAAUCUGGAGAAAAGCUGAAGAAGCCGUGAACGAAGUAAAGCGGCAGGCAAUGUCGGAGCUGCAGAAGGCUGUGUCGGACGCCGAGAGGAAAGCCCACGAGCUGAUCACCACCGAGCGAGCCAAGAUGGAGCGGGCUCUGGCCGAGGCCAAACGCCAGGCCUCCGAGGAUGCCCUCACCGUCAUCAACCAGCAAGAGGAUUCCAGUGAGAGUUGCUGGAACUGCGGGCGCAAAGCCAGCGAGACCUGCAGCGGCUGCAACACAGCCCGUUACUGCGGCUCCUUCUGCCAGCACAAGGACUGGGAGAAACACCACCACGUCUGCGGCCAGACCCUGCAGGGCCUCCAGGCCUCGGCCGGCCCGGCCCCGGCCAACGGCGUGGGGCUCGGAGGCGUGGGCUCCUCCCAGCCGGACGUGGUGGCCGUGGGCCCCUCUCUGACCGGGGUGGCCGUGGCCCCCAGCCCCAGCGAGACCAGCUCUACGGCCGCCUCCCGCUCUGGCACCCCGGCCACCCCGCCUGCCCCGCUGGAAGCCGCGUCCCGCUAACGCCCCGGAGGGGCAGGAGGCAAGGAAAACCGGCAACCUACUAAAAGUCACUGCUGCUACUGCUUUUCUCCAAAAGAAAAAAAACAAAACAAAACAAAAAAACUGCAUUCAAUGCAACUUCCUCAGCUACCUGAAGAUUCCAUCCGACCUCCAAACCACCUCUUUUUCUCUCCUGGAGUGAUCCUCACCAAGCUUCAAAACUGGGCUUUAAAGUGCAGUUGACAAAGAAAGUACCAACCUUCUUCUACGUUAAUCUUCUCUCUGUCUCUCCCUGUGUGUCUUUCUCUCUGUCUCCCCGUCUCUCCGCGUGUGUGUCUCUCUGUGUCUGUCCCUCUGUGUCACCCGCUCUUUUUAAGAAAUGAUUUGUUGAUUUAUAUUUUUGGUGAAGAUUCUGAUUUUUUUCAAAAGAGCUAUUCAGAAACGGACAGAAAAAAACUAUUGUUUUUAUUUUAAUUAAUAGGGAAAAACUGAUUUUCUAGCUGGAGAUCUGUGUUGCUGAGUCAAACCGAACUGCCUGUGAGUCACGCAAGGGGCGUGUAAGGCGAGGACGGUAAGAAGGAUUUCAAUUUCCAAAUGAAGAAGAUUUCUGCGGGGGGGGGGGGUUUGUCUUUUUUUUAAAUGUCAAACUCUUUGGCUUUAAGUAAAAAUCCAAAAAGAUUAAAAAAAAAAAAAGGAAGCUUACCUAUAAACUACCUUGCUAGCUAGCCAAGAAUACCAGAUACACCUCUGCUCCAAAGUAAACCCAAAAAGCAAACACAAAAAAAUCCAAACUUUUCUUUUUACCACUGCCAAAGUUAUUUUUUUUUAUUUUAGUCGGGGUUUGUUUGUUUUGUUUUUUGUUGUCGUUUGGCUUUUUUUGGUUAGUCUUUCCACGGAACAAGGAGCAGCACUUGUUUGUUUCGACGAGCGACGGCAACUGCUCUAUUGGUGAAACGGAGGAGCCGGCCGUGGAGAAAACCGACACUCUUCCUCCCACCCGCUGGCUCCAUUUUGCUGGCUCAGCUCUCCCAUCUUUGGAUCUUCCUACUCUGCCUGGCUGAAGGACGAGCCUCUGUGGCUUCAGAGUUCAUUUCCAAACGAAUAAAGCAAAAUCAUCCGCACAACAUAGCAACCCCAAGAAAAUCCCAAUACUCUGUGUGUCUGUGUGUGUGUAUGCGUGCGAGCAUGCAUUCAGGAGGGCGUGUGUGUGUAGGGGAAUGAUACCCCUGUCUUUUUUUUUUCCAUGCCCUCUGUGGAUUAUCGACACAUAGGAUUUUUCCUAUGGUGAAAAAAGUGCUAAAGCGUUCCUUUCCAGAGAGAGCUGUUGUUCCGAAACCAAACCGUGACAAUCUUUUCGGUUGAUUCUUGACUGUUUUCCAGAGCACGAGCAGAGAGUGACUGCACCAAUACCUUCCACUUCUGUUAUUCCUCUACCUCUCUUCUCUCCAUUUCCCCCACCCCUUCCUUCGUCACAGGAUCCCCUCACUGCUGGUCUCCUUUCUUCCAAACUUUUGCAGGAAAAAGAAAGCCAACCUUUGUAGUCCACCCCCUUCCACCUCCCCAUCCUCAUUAGAAGAGUAUUUUGACAGCCUGUACAUAACCCGUGGCUUUUACGACCAGUUAUUCCCCAGGUGUUUUCUCCUCUGGUCUCGUGUGACGGAGCACGAUCAGUCUUUUCAUUUUCACACUCUUUGCCCCAUUGUUCCCUUCCCCUUCCCCUUGCCCCUUUCGACUUCCACAGCUAUUUCUAGGAGGAAAUAAAGGAAAAAAGAAAAGUAACACUUGUACUUAACGGAAGAAAAACAAUGUAGAUUUUUUUUUUUUGCAUUUUCUUGUAUCGUUGUAUAAAGUACAGAGGACGGGAGUGCAAUAUGGAGCGUGGUACGGCUACUGUAUGGGGGUUCAAAGAGACUUCCCAGCCAUGGGUCAAUAUUGUACGUUAAUGUGAAUGUAUAUAGUAUUUGCAGAGGUCCAAAUAAUGAUAUUAAUAAUGAUAAUAAUAAAGAAGAGAUGUUUGCCAAAUAAAAAUGAGACAAACCACUGAAGUAUGUAAAGUUUAGGAAAUAGGUUUUAAAAAGCAAAUCAUCAGUGGGGUCAUUGGGAAGCCCUAGUUUGUCCAGAGUUGCAAAGGCCGCUGAGCGUAUUUAUCAUGAAGGAUGAAAUCACGUUUUCCCAAGUCACAGUCCGAGGGGAGUUCCAGCAGAUGGAAUCCGUCUCGAAAGAGUGGGCUGGAUGUGUUGGAUUUUUGGGUUUUGAACCGUUUCCCCUGCCUGUCCCUCCUCAUUUGAAUCCUUUCGAGUCCCCCGCAUGUCUGUGCGUUUCAUAGAGGUUUACUUUCGUAGGCUUCACGAGAGCAAGGAUUGGAAGUAUUUUAUUAGAACAGUUCAUUUGUCGGGCAAAUGCAGGCCCAGGAGUUGAUUCUUUGAAGGUUUGCUGAACAUUUCCAUUUUUGUUUUCGGUUUUCUUUUCCCUAGCGGUAAGCCUGUUAACGGUCUAGAGGCAUAGACAAAUUGGACACAGG